UUUUACCGUAAAAACCAUAGAAACGCCUCCUCCCUUUCCCAUCAUCCUUUGCGCCCAGCAGCAGACUCACAACACGGCAGGCUACUUGACGUUAGCUGAAGAUUCAGCAACACUCAUCAGCCCCCGAAUACACAUUUAACUUUUAAAUUUAACAGUUUUGUUGCCACAAUGAGAGAUGUUAGCGGGUUCCUCAAACAGCAGCAGAGCACCAGCUCCACGCCGGAGAUGGCGACGGAGUGGCACACUUUGGAGGAUUUGUACAACAAAAGAUUGUGGCAUCAGUUGACUCUCAGGCUGACAGACUUUGUGAAAGAUCCUUGCUUCAAAACAGGAGAUGGCCUCAUACAGCUCUAUGACAAUUUCCUCAGUGACUUCGAACACCGAAUCAACCCAUUAUCCCUCAUGGAGAUUAUACUGUAUGUUGCCAGACAGAUGAAAGAUCCUAAAGAUGCCAUCACUUUUCUUGAGAAGACCAAGGAAAAGGUGAAAAGCAGCGACGAAGCCGUCAUUCUCUGCAAGACUUCCAUCGGCAGACUUAAACUGGAGAUCAGCGAUCUUCCCGCCACAAAGAAAAUCAUUGAAGACGUCGAGGAAAUGUUGAAUAACUUGCCCGGCGUGACGUCGGUCCACGGCCGGUUUUACGACCUCUCCAGCAAAUAUUACCGCAUCAUCGGGAACCACGCAUCCUACUACAAGGACGCUCUGCGCUACCUCGGCUGUGUGGAGAUUACAGACCUUCCAGAGACGGAGAAGCAGGAACGGGCGUUCACACUGGGACUGGCUGGACUCUUAGGAGAAGGAGUUUACAACUUUGGAGAGCUGCUGAUGCAUCCUGUGCUGGAGACCCUGAGGAACACAGACAAACAGUGGCUCAUCGAUACACUAUACGCCUUCAAUGGAGGCAAUGUGGAGAAAUUCCAGGGCUUCAAGACAGCCUGGGGCCAACAGCCUGACCUCGCAACAAAUGAAGCCAAACUGAUGCAGAAGAUCCAGCUGCUCUGCGUGAUGGAGAUGACUUUCACUCGUCCUGCAAACAACCGACAGCUCACCUUCACCGAGAUCGCUAAGAGUGCCAAAAUCCCCGUUAACGAGGUGGAGCUGCUGGUGAUGAAGGCUCUGUCCGUGGGGCUGAUCAAAGGUAACAUUGAUGAGGUGGACCAGAAGGUGCAGAUGACCUGGGUGCAGCCCAGAGUGCUGGACCUGCAGCAGAUCAAAGGUAUGAAGGAGCGUCUGGACUUCUGGUGUGGAGACGUUAAGAACAUGGCCAUGCUGGUGGAGCAACAAGCCCACGACAUCCUCACCUAGUCCGCAGAGGGAAACCUCUUCACAACCAUUUCUCUUUUUGUAUUGUUUUUCUUUCUAUCGGAUGUUCAUUUGUCACUGUUUAUCACCAACCUGUAAAAAUACGUACAGCUGGUUGUAACAUUAUUAUCCUCCUCAUCUGAAAAUAUUGUCUAAAACAUGAAUAAAAAAAAAGACUCCAAAAAAGU